UCGUCAUCUUCUUCUGCCAACCAUCUUCUCUCUAUUUUUAUAUUUUUCUUUAGCUAUUGGACCCUCAGGAACCAUGGCUCUUUCUGAUGGUCAGAAGAAUAGAGGAGAGUUGAGGAUUCAUGAGAGUUUGGACGAGCUAAUGACCGAUUUGGCAGACUAUGUUGCUGAGUUAUCAGAGGCAUCAGUUAAAGAGCGAGGAGUCUUUGCCAUUGCUUUAUCUGGUGGUUCUCUCAUUGGCUUAAUGGGAAAACUCUGCGAAGCUCCGUAUAACAAGACCGUGGACUGGUCCAAGUGGUAUAUUUUCUGGGCUGAUGAGCGUGUUGUGGCAAAAAACCAUGCUGAUAGCAAUUAUAAGCUUGCUAAAGAUGGCCUUUUGUCCAAGGUUCCUAUUGUCCCCAGUCAUGUGCAUUCUAUUAACGAUUCUGUGUCAGCAGAAGAAGCUGCUGAAGAUUAUGAGUUUGUGAUUCGACAGUUCGUGAAAACCCGUGUUGUCAGUGUCUCAGAGAUUAGUGACUGUCCAAAGUUUGAUCUCAUUCUGCUUGGAUUGGGUCCAGACGGCCACAUUGCCUCAUUGUUUCCCAACCACUCAGCACUGAAUGAAAGGGAAGAAUGGGUAACUUUCAUUACUGACUCUCCCAAACCCCCACCCGAGAGAAUCACAUUCACCAUGCCUGUCAUCAAUUCUGCAUCAAAUGUUGCAGUAGUUGUCACUGGUGACAGCAAAGCAGAAUCUGUGCACUUGGCAAUAGAUGAUCUUGGACCUGACUGCCCAUUAAUACCAGCCAGAAUGGUCCAACCAGCUAUGGGGAAGUUGGCGUGGUUUUUGGAUAAACUUGCUGCCUCAAAACUUGAAGAAUCCAAUUUAAACAAGUAGGAAUUGUUGUAAGUUUGUAUGUAGUGUUAAGGGAUUUGGCAGUUGUUGAUUAUCCUCAGAUCCUGUCUCUGCCUAUCUCUCUUCUCUUGGAUAGAAAUCUUUGCUUCUUUUUUUUUCUCCUUUUCUUGCUUUCUCUUGGGAGGUUUUUGAGGGAAGUGUGGUAUAGUUUUUGUAAGCGGCCAAUAAAAGUGGUGGAGAGCAUCAUUCCAUGUUCCAACACCCUUCUUUCCUUCUGAUUCCUCAUUUGGGUUAUUGGCUAUGAUGAUGGCCACUUGUUUGCAAUUUAGAAAGAAAAAUCGGGUUCAUGUAAUUCUAAGAGUUCACUUUCCCACA